CGCACAGCGUGACGUAGUUGAAGCAGUUGAAAGGGCCUCUGCCUGCCUGGGAGGCCAACUUGUUCACCAGCACCUCGGCUUGCUCGUUCAUCACUUCCAGGAAGUCCUGCAGGAUGGUGAAGUGGAAUGUUGGGGAAAAGUGUAUUGAGCCACACCCUGAACUGGUCGCCAGUCAGUCAGAGAGCACAUAUCGACACCAUCACUGGGCUGACCGUACCAAAUUCAGGCGUGUGUACCACGACACCUUCGGUAACCUUGUUUUCAUAGGGAGAGAUAGAGAGCAGGCGGGAGAAGAGUGGAAGCCCGAGGGCGAGCGAGGGAGCCACGGGCGGGAGCAUCACACAAUAGCGCCGCAUUGCUAUUCAACCGCCCGGUGACCACGAUACCCCCUCCCUCCCCUUCGAGAGGUGGGAGUUGUCUGCCUCCGAGAGUGAAUCCACCAGGCAGGCUGCAAAUCAGCAGGUGGACGGCUGGUUGCCUCACCCGCUCCUCGCUGGUGUCCUGUGUCGGUGAAUGUUAAAGUGAAGACUUUUUUUUUUUUUUUUUGGUGUGACAUGGAGGACGCCGACAAGCUAGCCGGGACGAGGCUGCUUUGCUAAGGAAUGUGUGUUGCCUUAUGUUGAAUCUCUAAGAAGUGCUCUCCAGUAUGAAUACAGAUACCGGCGGAUAUGCUCGCAAAAGUGUGGCUGUUACGCUGACGCUCUCGCCCAUGAAGAGGGUCCAGAGCUCACCCAAUUUGGCUUCAGGGAGUGAUCCUCACUCAUCAGACUUCAAUUCUUGGCGGUCUGGCAGUGAAACCAAUGACCUUAAGAACAGUGACACAAUCAGCUCGUCUCUGGCCGCCAAAGGUUUCCGCAGCGUCAGGCCCAACCUGCAGGACAGAAAGUCACAGGGCCCCGUCUCCCUUGACUCCACAGCACAUCACUUCCCCUUUCUCAGCCACAGCUCCGAAUCCCUCGACUACCUGUCGGGCCUAAUGUCCAAGGGGCUGUCACCCAGCCCGUAUGUCGCUACCGUCACCACGUCGCCCCUCGCCUCUCCCGUGACUGUCUCGGCUCUCAGCCACUACUCCUCCUCCACGGCGGGUCUGCUGGACGAGCUGCAGAUCUGUAGCCUGGACUCACCCGGCGCCUCGCCCACGCCAUCACCCACCCUCAGCCACGUCUCGGCAUUUGCUGCUGCUGCUGUUGCUGGCCCCGACGACGCGCUAACAGCCGCCGCAACAGCCACUGUCACUAACGGUCAGGUGCUGUCUCACGCUGUGAACGGGGGAACGGUGCAUGCACAGAGACCGCUUUCGCCGCCAUCUUACCCGCCUCCUCCCGCCUCGCUUCGCAGCGGACUCCUAAGGCAAAGUCAGAGCUCCGAAGUCAGCGAGGGAUUCACCAGAGAGUCUGUGGCGUCGGGCAAUGCCACCCUGCCCAUCGCCCGCUUCUCCGAGGAGGAAACUAAAGUGUCCAUCAUCAAAGCCCCCCAUUACGAAGGGAUCGGACCAGUGGAUGAGUCGGGCAUUCCCAUUGCCAUCCGCACGACAGUGGACCGUCCAAAGGACUGGUACAAGACCAUGUUCAAACAGAUCCACAAGGUCCACAAAGCGGAUGACGACUAUUCGGACACUUACAGCGCAACAUAUGCUAUCGUGAACAACGAUGACUACAGUGUGCCACCCAGCGCCACACUGGCCCACCCGCCCCCACGUACGCACACCUACAGGCCGCUCGCAAAGAGCCUGUCGGACAACAGCGGGCAGCGCCUGGCCGCCCGCAAUCCCUCUCCUUCGCCGUCACCCGUGCCUCCUCCACCGCCGCCACUGCCGCCCUCUCUGCUCCAGCUCAGGGCCAGAGACAGUGACCAUGAAACACCAGAUAUGAAUGAAUGGGGUCCUCCCGACAGGAAAGUGGACACAAGAAAGUACCGCGCUGAGCCAAGGAGUAUUUUUGAGUAUGAGCCGGGGAAGUCUUCCAUUUUAGAGCAUGAAAGACCUACCUAUGAUGACGUAGAUUUAGAGAACGAGCCUUGGUAUAAAUUCUUUUCCGAGCUGGAGUUUGGCCGACCGCCUCCUAAAAAACGUCUGGAUUAUAAUCCAGACAUCUCGGCUCGCCAGCGCAUUGAGGCAACCCUGCUGGUCGCUCCUGCCGACAAGCCCCCAGAGAGACCUCCGAGUGCUGCCGGUGACUACAGAAAGAGAAGGAAGUCAGAGCCUGCCGGUUCCCAGGCAAACACUUUGUCAUACCCGAGCCGAGUUCCAGUGUCACCCAAAACACCAGACUCCAGCUGGUCCACCGGCAGUACCCUCAAGAAGCCCGUUGUUCGCUCCUCACCAGCCUCACCCUCACGCAGUAAAGGUGGGGCCGCAUGCGUCAUGUAUUCAAACACUUUGACCUCUCCGGGUUCUUGCCAACACUCCUCCCUGCCCCCCGUGCCCCUCCGUUGCCCGGAGGAGGCACAGAGACCCUCCUCUGAGGAGGGUCCGCCACUGGCACCGCCCGGCAGCAAGCUCAGGUCCCGUAGCUGCGAUGACUUGCUGGGCGACAGUCCAAACCGACGACGUGCCUGCCGCUCGGAAAGUGCUGGCUCGUUGCUGUGCAACCGCUCGGACUCCAACGGGUCCGUUGGCUCUGUGCCCCGCCUCCGCCGUCGGCUGCCGCACGACUCCCCGAGCUUCCUCAAGCUUUACCGCAAGAUGCACCACAUCGACAGAGCCCACUUGAUCCCGUCCGAGGUGAUCCGUUCGGUCCGCGCCCGCAUCCUGGAGCUGGAGCAGCAGCCCCAUCUGCACCUGCACCGCCUCUCCCCUUGUGUGCCCUCUUACAGCUUGGAAGUGCCACGCGACACCGUGCCCAAACACAUCUCCACCUACGAAAGUCUCAUUGAGAAGUCCAAAUCCAUGCCCAAUUUGGGGGACGGCGAGGUGCCGUCGGGUACCACCACGCCAGGCGGCUCUUCGUCCCGAGCGAGCAGCGGUGGCGUCACCCCUAGUUAUCCCAAACGUCGUUUCUCAAUCGAGUCUUUACUGGAGGAGCCCGACAGUGGCAACAGACCACCACCUCCAGCUACGGACCACUCACGUAAACCUCGUAGCCCGCCGGAGGGUCGGCCUCGCAUGGGGCCGGAGCCCAACCACGGGGCUUCGUAUCUGGCUCCUCCCGUCCCGCAAAUGCCUCAAGCUGACUACUCUGACAGCGAGCAGGACGCCAUCGCCUCAGACCUCAGCGACUUGAUCCAAGUGGAGGGCUCCUCAUUUUGCAGUGAGAGCGACUUUGACCACUGCUCACUGACAUCCUCGGAGAGCUUUUACGGCUCUGCCACGCUGCACCACCACCUCCGCCAUCACCACCACCACCACCCUGGUCACCAGAGCGUCGGCCAGAGCCAGGGCUACCAGCACCGACACCUCAUUAGCUCUUGCAAGGGUCGAUGCCCGGCCUCUUACACCCGCUUCACCACCAUGCUUCAUCACGAGAGACAGCGGGCCCGCCAGGACCCCCAGAGACCUUCGGUGCCGAGUCGCCGCAGCCGUUCCCAGGUCCAGAACGAGUCCCAGCAGUCCAUGUCCAAGCUGGCUUACCUGGUCAGCCCAGUGCCUUUCCAUAAGAAAAAGGGCAGCAGCGGUGGGGGCAGUCGCGGAAGCAGACCAAAAUCCAAGCAGGCUAUCUACGAAGCGCUGGACAAUGCCCUGAGAGACAUCUAUGAGCACAUUCAAGCCGAGCGGGGCCACAGAGGGUCCAGGACCCCCGACGACAGCAUCCUGAGGAGAAUACUCUCAGAGCUGCUGCCUAGCGUGCCCGAAAGAAGCUCUUCAUUGCCAGGAAGGAGAGGGUGUUGGCACGAGAUCCGCCCGGAUGGGUACGCCUCGCAUGGGGGAGAGCCACUCACGCCGCAAUUGCAGUCGCCCCGGCUCCAAUCGCCAGUCAGUGGCUGUUUCGGGCGACAUUUGGACACCACCAACUGUAAUGAUUACGGGGACGAGCAUGGCAAUGGGAACGGUGUUUUUUAUUCAGACCAGGAUGUGCCCAGGAGUUACUCCACCAUGGACGGUCGCCACACGCCCCAGAGUCGAAGAGCCACUCCUGACCGAGAGGUAUUUCAUAAACAGAUGACACAACUUAUUCUCUUCUCUCUCCUCCAUCAGAAGCAGCCCGCCCGAGCCAUUUACGACUUUAAAGCGCAGACGGCUAAGGAGUUGACAUUCAAGAAAGGUGAUGCGGUGAACAUAGUCAGGCAGAUCGACAACAACUGGUACGAAGGCGAGCACCGAGGGCGGGUAGGGAUAUUCCCCAUAGCUUACGUAGAGAAGAUGGCGUCAUCGGAGAAGCCGCAGCCCAGCCGCCCGCCUCCGCCCGCCCACGUUAGAGAGAUCGGAGAGGCGGUGGCUCGCUACAACUUCAACGCCGACACAAACGUGGAGUUGUCUCUCCGAAAGGGAGAGAGGGUGAUCGUUAUCCGGCAGGUGGACCAGAACUGGUACGAGGGAAAGAUCCCAGACACGACCAAACAGGGCAUCUUUCCGGUGGCUUAUGUGGACCUGCUCAAGCGCUCGCCUUCCAAGACUUCUGCCCACCACCUCCACCAGGUGGACCCCCACGGAUACCAUAGCAGCAGGACACCCAGCUCCACACCCAUGAAGACAUUCUGCCGUCUACCACCUCCUUCCCCCAGCCCCACCCACGACCACCCGUCCUCCCUGCUGCCAAGGUCCGACCUGCGGGCGGUCACCCAUGAGUGGCUCUCCCUCACUGUGGAUGUCCCGCCGCCGGCUCGAACCCUCUCGACCACGCCCAAGUUGCCCCCGCACCCCGGUCAUGUCGCGCCAUCUCUGGACGAGCUUCUCCCUGCUUCGCCCGAGUAUCUGUCCAGUGUUUUAGGUCCACUCGCACAUUCUCGCGGUCGAAGCUUGGUCGACCAAUCGUGUGCAACGAAGCCGAGCAAGUUGUCAAAAGCGGUGUCGGAGCCCGUGACCUCACCAACCCCUAUCGAUGUCCAGCUCUGUGUCGCAGACCCUUACGAUGAUCCCUUGUCUCUUAUUCUGGAUGACCCUGACCGGUCACCGGUGUGCUCUAUAACUACGGCCAGAUUUUGGAACUCUCAACCUGAAGCGAAACGCCGAGCAAUUGAACCGGCAGAGCCAAAGCGUGUCACAGCCCACGUCCUGAGCGAGUCCCUCGUUGAUUCUCAGAGGCCUCCGUCAACUCGAGGGAAGGCGUUUAUCGAGUUAUUCAUUCAGGAAGAAGAUGAUGUGGUCUUAGAGGAUGAGGAGGAGAUUUUUACAGGGAGACUCAGUACACAGGCUGGCGUCUGUCCCCCCACUCACUCCCCUCCCACCGGCCCCUCGUCACCAUCCUCACCCCAAACCUUGAACUCUCCCCGGGCCUCUCCCCGCCCACCACCUCUCCCCAUCUUCUCGACGUCACCUCCCGUCUCGCCCUCUUCCUCCCUCUCCCCCCUCCACUCGCCAGAGCCACUGACUCCCCCCCACACCGCCACGUCGCCCUCGUCCCCAUCCCCGCCGCUCCUCACGUCCCGCCGCUCUCCCCCCGGGGUGCCCCAGCCUCAUCCGGGCCGUAGGUCUCCCAAGGUGAAGGAUCCAGUCGUGGGUGGAAAGCCGCCUCGUAGCCCCAUCUUGUCUCGGAGGCCCGCUAGAGGUCGGAGGCGAUUAGUUCAAGAAGCUCUCCACGGUGGAGGAGAUCCCUUCCAGGCUGUGUAUAACUACUCCCCUCGGAACGAAGAUGAGCUGGAGUUGAGGGAGGGCGACGUUGUUGACGUGAUGGAGAAGUGUGACGACGGAUGGUUUGUCGGAACGUCUCGUCGAAGCAAGUUGUUCGGGACCUUCCCGGGAAAUUACGUAAAGCAACUACCGUGAAUAAAUCCUCGCCAAACCCUCCUCAGCACAGAAGAUGCGCGAGUGGCGACACGGCUCUCGCUUGCCAUCUUCAACAGAAGACCUCCUUGGUACCGUUUUUUUUUUUUUUUUUUUUUGUCUUUAACUCUUUGUAAGAUCGCCUUUGUGGUCACAGACAAGGCAAAAAACGAUGAUGACGAUGGAAAAACGCUUUGUGUGUGCGCGCUUUGUGUGUUUUUGCUUCAUCACAUAUUUUUCUUUUGAUUUGUUCAAAAAAAUUUCCAAACCCCAAAGACAUUCAACGACAAAUUUUGUGCUGUCAUGUGCACGAAUUUCGCCCGUUCACCAUCACUACUAGCGUUUAUGCACUUUAACCAAUUUGUGAUUUUGUAACAUCAGAUUUCUCCUAUGAAGAUGAAAGUUGUCGGUUUUGAGGGGGGCCUUCACCGUUUUUUUUAGUCAUAUUUAUUAGUAGUUGAAAGCUAAGAUAUGAUUGUAGUGUUGUUAUAGCUUUUUUGCUUUUUUUUUUUGGUUUUGUUAGCACAAUUCAACCCAAUUUUAAAGGAUAGUUUUUAUAAAGUAAAUUAGAUAGCAUCCCAUAAAGAAAGCUCAUAUCUCCAUAUUUUGUUUUUAUUUAUUGGAAAUUUUUGAAUUUUGUAUUUUCAAUUAUUUGUAUUGCACUUGCUGCGAUUCUUAAAGAAAAAACUAAAAACGUUGAAUUCACUUAUAUUUUUAAAGACUGACUACUAAAUGUUUGUUAGUUUUUUUUUUUUUUU